AUGGGGAACUGGUCAGAGAGUCUGUGGCGUCUUUGGAUGAGGGAACAGUCUCUGCUGGCUGAAGGAGACCAGCAAUGGCGCCUUCUUAACAGUCACAGGUUUAUUGCCAGGGUUGAAGAGGCGCAGUGGAAUAACUUUGGUGUGAUGAGCAUGGACGAGGACUCUAGCGAUGAGCACUUUGUGUUUCUCAACAAAACCUUUUGUAGGGCUCAGCAUCAUGUCUCCUUGUACAGCUUCAUCAAGGUGCACAGUGCCUUUGACCCAAUACUCCUGUCCGGGCUCCAUCACAAGAGUUCUGGCUAUUCUCACAGCAUGCGAUCUGGACACAGUCUCUGGGUGGAAAUAGGGCACUUCUUCACCGAAAAGCACAAUGCGGUGCUUACCGAAAUCAAGACGGGCUUCAGCCUGCGUGAGAAAUGGGUGACCAAGCAGUACAUCCUUCCCUGCAAUGUCCGCUAUCAGGAAGUCAACUUCGACUUGACGGUUGUGAAUAUUGACUGGAACUUUGGUUUCACCCAGCACCAGAACAUCACCAGCUCUCGCCAGUGUGGACGGGCGAGUUUCCAGCAGUUUUUGAAUAACAUCGGCAUCGCCCAAACCAUUUGUGAAAACUUCAACAGCGAUAGCAUCCUGCUCCCUCUCGGAUCUGUCACCAUAAGCCACAGCCACUUUUCCAUAAAUAUCGUCCCGGAUAACGUGCAACGCCUCACCAGCUUGGCGUAUUCUCUGCCUCAGUUCCACUGCAACCGCUGCCGCAUGAUCUGA